UUUAGCUUUUAGUAAGAGAAGGAUGUAACUUAAAUAUCCCAGAUAAAGAUGGUGAUACACCACUUCAUGAAGCUCUUCGUCAUCAUACAUUAUCACAGCUUCGACAGCUACAAGAUUUGCAAGAAGUUGGUAAGGUAGGAAGUGCAAAUGAAGCUGGUCCUCUUUGUGGUACUACUGAGUUAUUAAUGGGUUUAGGAACACAAGGAGCAGAUAAAAAAAGUAGUGCCUCAAUUGCCUGUUUCCUUGUAUCUAAUGGUGCUGAUCUAAACAUAAAAAAUAAAAAAGCUCAAACUCCACUAGAUUUAUGUCCUGAUCCAAACUUAUGUAAAGCAUUAACCAAAUGUCAUAAAGAAAGAUCAAAUAGUCAGCAACCUAGCACUUUAACUACAGCACCUCCACAAAAUGAUCAAGAUACAUUAGAAGAAUGCAUGGUUUGUUCAGAUUUGAAACGAGAUACAUUAUUUGGGCCUUGUGGUCAUAUAGCAACAUGUUCACUUUGUUCUCCACGUGUUAAGAAAUGUCUCAUGUGCAAAGAACAAGUUCAAUCAAGAACAAAAAUUGAAGAAUGUGUUGUUUGUUCUGAUAAACGUGCUUCUGUUUUGUUCAAGCCUUGUGGACAUAUGUGUGCUUGUGAUGGGUGUGCAACACUAAUGAAGAAAUGUGUACAAUGCAGAGCUCAGAUUGAUAAAUUACUGCCCUUUAUUGUCUGUUGUGGAGGAACAGGUGAGUUCCCUACUCCCAAAGAAGAAAUCCACAAUAGCACAACUCUAACCCUGCCACAACUUUUACUAUUGUCAGCACCUGCAGCUGGUCUUUCCACUGGUCCUGGCCAGUUAAUGAAUAAUGGAUGCAGAGAUAAUAAUCAUGAUAUACAAAAACUUCAACAACAGUUACAAGAUAUUAAAGAACAAACCAUGUGUCCUGUUUGUUUAGAUCGCUUAAAAAACAUGAUUUUUCUAUGUGGGCAUGGAACUUGUCAAAUGUGUGGAGAUAGAAUGUCUGAAUGUCCAAUCUGUCGCAAAACAGUAGAAAAACGCAUUUUACUCUAUUAAGUUCUACCAUUCCUUUUCCAAUUAAAUGAUGCCAGCUGCUGGUUGUUUUAUAUAAACAUAUUAAAAAGAGAGAGGAAAAAAUAUAUAUAAAUAGAAUAAUUAUAUAAUUUUAUUUUAUGCUUAAUUAUUAUAAUAUAAUUUGAGAUUUAUGUCAUGCACAUUUUCCUGUUAUGUGACAAAUUCAUACAUUAUAGAAUAGUUGUUUUAAUUAUAUUUAAUUUUUUUUUUUUGUUUCAAUGUCAUUAGCUCUAAAUUCAAAGCAAUGAAAAUGUCAGAUUUGUUAAACAAAACAAAUUUUUAAUAUUAGAAUUGCACAUUUUUUUAUUGCUGUAAAUAUAUCUGCCAAUUAUUUAUUUAAAGAACUACAGAAGCUUUUGGCCUUCUUUUAAGUUUUACACACAUUGUCCUUUUAUUGAAUAAAUAUAAGUCAAACUUUUAUUUCUCUAUUUUUUAUUAUGAUUUACGUGAAUAACAGCAUUUUAAAAUAAUUAUUCAUUAUUUUUAUAAGAUUUUAUUAUUUAAAUAUCACGGUUUGAUGUAACAUACGAGCUAAAUAUAUUAUGAUUUAAAUAACAACUAGUGGACAAAUAGAAUUAUUUUGGUUAUUUUAUUAAAACAUUAGUUGAAAAUGGAUAGUUUCAGUAGAAUAUAUUCCUUAAAAAGAAUAAAAUUUCAAAUUAAUUUUCUUUGUGGUUAAUCAAUAUAGCUGCAUUGUAAGGUGGUCAGCAUGUUACUGUGGGAGAUCUGGCUUGGAAUUUGAUGCAGAUCCUCAUACUUUAUCAUGGGUGGUAUGGAUUGAUGCAUCAUUUUUCAUCUCACACCUAUGUUACCGACCUUGUAGAUCAGAUCUGCCCAUAAUAACUAAUUAUAAACAUGAAUCUAACAUGUGCUGGUGCCUUGUGUUUUCUAAAUCAAUCAGUCAUUAUUUGUGAUAAAAGAAAAAUAUGCUUUCUCAUUUAUCUGAUAUUUCAAAUUUUCUAAAAAAUGCUUUUUAUUUACCAUAUGGUUAUAAGUUUCUCUGUUAUGCAUUCUACAAAAAGGAGACAAAUUGAAAUUUUGCUAUGAAAACUAGUAGCUAGCUUAUCUAGAAUAUGAA